AUGGCUUCGUGCAAAGCUCCUUUCUUGAUGAUGUAUAAUUCUUCGCUCUCAGUGACACUCCUCUUAGCGUUUUUGGCCUGGCUGGCUGGGCUAGUAAUUGCUCACGGCGAUGAAGACCAUGAUCAUGAGUAUGAACAAUCAUAUGAUACAAUAAAUUACACUGGGAACUGGGAGUACCUGAAAAGAGACUGCUCUUCUCGAGAUUUGAACCUCAUAAAUGCCGAGCUCACUGUCGCUGCCAGCAUGGCCUCAUACGCCCAAGCAAACCUUGAUUCCACAACUGGUGCUCUCUACACCUCUGCUUUCAUCCCACCAGAUCUCAUCUCUAGUGCCGACAUCAUUGCGCAGCUUGCAAACGAAUACGGUAAUGUUGCCGCUAUGAAAGAUGGCUCUAACUAUGAAUUUACUGUGACAUGCGACGAUACCAACAGAUAUUGCACAGAUGGAUAUUACGCCUAUAUGUCAGACACUUCGCGGAGUUCUGGUACCAUGAAUCUCUGCUCGGCGUGGUUUGACAUCACGGGGACACCGGCGGCCAGCCUCAAAAACAUCCAGAACUUGGUUUCAACAGCGGACAUCAUUUCUGGGUGUAUGGCGGUAUCGCCGGGGUACAAUAAUUUAGAUAAUGUCUGGUGGGGAAGAGGUCAGACGCUGUUGCAUGAAUGGACUCAUACACGCUACUUCACUGGAAGCUCAAGCAAAACGCUUGACUUUGCGUAUGGUGUUCAGGGCUGUCUCAAUCUUGCAGCUGGCUCACACUCAAUAUCCGGAGAGAGAGCAUGGAAAAAUGGGAAGAAUGGCAGAGUUCCCAGAUGUCCUAGCAAAGAAGACCCGACAGAACCAGGCAUUUGCGACCCUUAUUUAUCUAUCGACAACGCUGAUACACUUUCAAUCAUCGCGGGUGGGCUUUGGUAUAGUGACAAAGCCCAGUGCAAUCGCGUUCUUCCCAUCGGUCUUGUAGCGGCUGCGCCGCCUACGCGCAAGUACAAAGGUAAAAGACAGAGCCCCGGUAAUGAUGAGAACGAAGUUGCCUUGGAUCCUCCUUACUACGGAGAUGACCUUGCGUCACUUUCUUGCGAGAGUCUUGAUCCCAAAGGCUGCUGUGGGGGAUGUGAAAACACCACCAACACCAGUCUGUCGGUUAGUGCCAUCUCAACAUCUUCUAUUCUCUUGUCCGCUAUCACUAGCGCGCCAACUAGUCAUACCUCAACGACUUCAACUUCCUUGCCAAGCAUCACCGGCGCACUUCCAUGUCUAAUGCACGAAGAUCCCGAUGCCGGGACACCUCCCAUUUGUCAAUGUAGCAACGGAAUCAAUAUUCCGCCAAUUAUCAGCACGAACACAGCUGGAAAAAUAGGCAAAUAUUGCCCUUGGGCCACACUGCCGACACAAGCAAUGACGACAACAAAGCCUUCUGCACCCCCGACUACCGCUGCUCCAUAUCAGUUCACCUACACGGACCCCUAUGGCAAAGUCGAGUUAUGCCAAAGCACCUUAAUUACACAUCUGGCAGGAUACACCUUGACGGAAUGUAAGGGCACGGCGGCGGUAAUAUACAACCCGCCCACUGCAUCUAUGGAAAUGGGUUCCUCUAAGGUCAACGUUGGGACUUCAAUGACAGGUGAAAUACUCUUCACGAGCGUCUCAAAUGCUCUCACCAGCUUAUGUCCGACGCCCACUACUUCUGGCGCCUGGACCACCUGCCAAACAGGCACGAUCGAGUUGGGCGAUGCCACUUGGCUCAAUGACAACUCGCGCGAAGAUGGCAAAGUCACAAUCAAAGUUACUGAUGCACAGUAUAACACGACUGAUUACUUGGAUAUGUUUAUCAGGAUGAUUGCGUCCACAGCAAAUGCAACAGCUACGGGAGAUAAUUGCGAGUUACUAGAAUGGGACGAGAUUACUUGGAAAAAACGGGAUGCCAACCCUUCGAAUGGGCAACAAGAACCCACCACGGAACGUGGAGGUGCCCACUUUUGCAACACGAAUGGAUUCUUAGACACACAGUUCUACGAUGGAAUUCAGGAGACGGCAAAAAUGUGGUUUGAAACAGAGUUUGGCUUUGACCUCGGUGAGCUCGGCAACUUCGACUGUGCUAGCAGUGUUGAUCUUGUUGGAGAGGUGCUCGGUAAUAUUUUCGACGCCAUCUUUCCUGAGUUUAUAUGGCUUAUCGAGACGGGUGUUAAGCUUGGAGAGAUUGCAUGUGAAGCAGCAGAGACAUUUAAUCCGACGAGGUUGUUGAUACGAGAUUCAGAAAUAUCCAUUGCCGAUGAACAGCUUGCAAAAGCUUGGGCAAAGGAGAUCAAGAAGGAGAGAAUGCUUCCGAUGCCAGAACGUAAGAAGCGUGAGCUUGGUCUUAUUGAGUGA